UGUGUAGAUUGCCAAUGAGCUAGAAUUUCUUUUUUGUUUGGGUUACUCGGUGUCGGGCUGCAACACUAGUUUUAGUGAUUUAAGGUUAUUUUUGAGUUCUUUCUUUUGUUAUAGACCAAUUUAUUGUCUUUUUGAAUAAAUAUGUUUUUAGAAAUUGUUAAUUUUGAAUGUUUUUGUAACAUUGAAAUAUCUUUUAUUUUUUUAUCAAUUUUUAUUGUAUAAUUUUAGAUAAGAAUUUCUAAAAUAGAUCAGAAAUGCGAUUUUGGCCAUCUAUUUUUGUUCUUAUUUUAAUGAGGAUUUCACAUUGUUCAAUUGUCAACAUUGGAGAUGACAAACCAAUUGACCCUCUUAAUGGUCGAAUAUGUGGUAUUGGAGAUAUGAAUAAAGACGGAAAUACUGAUUUAAUUGUACAACAACGUACUGGAAGUCAAAAUAAAUUAGUCAUUUAUUUGCAAUCAGAGGGAGCAGAAUUUCGAAAUGGGACACAGCAUAUUGAUUUGGGGAAAGAUGGGAAUGAUGUUUUUUGUAAUGUUGGAGAUUUUAACGGAGAUUCUUGCCCUGACUUGUUUAUUGUUUCGAAAAUCGAUGAUACAAGUGUCAGUUUUGUCAACAAAAUUGCAAGCGUUUUCUCCCCUCGUCCUCCAACUCGUUAUCAAGCAAAAGUUUAUUUGAAUGGACGAAAUGACAAUUUUGUUGAACUGCCUUUGUGUUUUAAAAAUACUGAUUCUUCAAAAUCUGAUAUUUGUACUCCUUAUCAAUUUAUUGAUCACCCAAGUCUUGUUGACAUAAAUGGAGAUGGAAUUACUGAUAUUAUUGGAUUUCAAGCAAUAAUUGAAAAUUCUGACAAAAACGCCGCUACAAAUUCUGAAAAUUCUUUUGUUUGUCUUGCGGGAAAUUUUCAAGAAGAUGUUCAUGGAUUUGAUUUGAAAAUAUGCAAACAAAACUUUCCUGUUCCAAGACAAGUCUUUACUGGUUUUACACCAAUUUUUACUGAUUUGGACAGAGAUUUGUCCGCAGAAUUAAUUUUUGUUGAUCAAGAAGAGAAUAAUUCAAGUGGACAGAAAAAACGUUUAGUUGUUUGGAAAUAUAAAGAAUUUACUGAUAGUGAUCAUUUUAAAUGGGAAUUAAAUAAUGAACUUACUGUUGACCUUCCAAAUACAGAAAAGUCACAAUAUUUAGCAAGUCCAUUAGUUGCCGACGUUGACUCUGAUGGUUUCCAGGAAAUUCUUGUUCCCAUAUGUGAUAGUAAAGAAUGCUCUUCAGUCUCUACUAUUUGGUGUUAUAAAUUUAAUGAAACACUUAACAAAGCACAAUGGCGGACAAUCUCUUUAGACUUUGGAAAUCAGAAGGCAACCAUUUAUCCAGAAGCAGACGGAGAUACACGAGUGCUUUUCCGCAUUGGCGAUUUUUCUCAAAAUGGUUUUCCUGAUUUAAUUGCAACAAUUUCAUUAUCUGGUGGAAUGAAGGUUCCUUUGAUUUUGGAGAACGUUAUCGACACUAAUACAGCUGCAAAUUUUAAUAGAAAAUAUGAACUCUCAAAAAAGCCACAAAGAAUUCUUCAAAAAGAUGUACAAAAUGUUCGGCUAUCUGCAUUUUUUGAUUUAAAAGAGGAUGGAAAUUUGGAUAUUAUGUACGAAUAUGAGGGACCUAAUGGACCAAUGAUCAAUUUUAUCAAAUGUGACGAUAAAGGCGAUACAACUUUCUUGAAAGUACAAAUCUUCACUGGUCCUGAAUGCUCUUCCGGACAAUGCUGUGAUCCUGAAACUGAAUCAUCUAGACGAGUGAAAAUUGGUAGUGGAAUUGCUUGGCAAGGUGCUUGUGUAAGUAUUCGAAUGGCGGACUCUGGCCAAGGUUUAAUCGAACAAGGGAUGCGUAAUGCUCUUCAAUGUCAAAUUCCUCAAACAUCUCACCGCAUCUUGCACAAUCCUUUUGUGCUCUUUGGCCUUAGCCGUUCACCUAAUUUUGUUGAAGAAGUUCAUUUAGGUGGUCCUCGAUGGCCAGAACUAGGCAAACUGCAGAAGGACUUUAUUAGACAAAUUGUGCCUAAUUCCCGUGUUAUUGUGAUUCCUCCGGGACUACAGGACAGAAGCGCAAACUGGACAAGUAGACUUUAUGUUACUCCUUCGCGUUUAAUUAUUCUUUCUAUAUUAGUUAUGGUUUCUAUGUGCAUCAUUUUACUAGUUUUAAUUGCCGCUCUACAUCUGCGUGAGAGACAACAAGAUAAAAAGGAAAGGCAAGCUCAAACUCAUCGAUUUCACUUUGAUGCAAUGUGA